AGUAGGCAGGUAGUAUAGACAUAAUGCGAUGUCAUGUAAUUUCGUCCUGGAUUCUAUCUUUUACUACAAUUCACUGCUCAUAUACCGAGGACUGGGUAACUCACAUUCCGUAAGCAUAGCUUCGCCCUUUGGAUCAACAUUCUUCAACCUGUCGACGGUGACGUCGUCGGUUACAUGCCGAUCAUCUGGGUAGGGCGUGUCUAAUAUACAACUCAGCCGGGUUAAUGAUUGCGAGAUGGAGGAUGAAAUCAUUAAAGUCAAAGUUAGCAUAGCACAUAUGCUGUUGUAGCUUUGAAUUAUGGAUCAGCAAGGUUUGAAGCAUAAUUAUUUUUCUGUACAAUUCUAUUCUUGUCGGAUUGAAGAGCCAUAGCGGAAGUGCCGCAACAUAAGACAUUGUUUCUAGAAUUUAACACCAUUUCUACUUGAGCAUUCCAAUUCUUCAUCACGCCAAGCCAUAGAGGUAUGGCUGGCAUGGGCGUGCCGUGUGCUAUUUUAUAUCCAACAAAUCCCUAUGUUCCUAUCAUGUAGAACUUCUAAAGGGUUCCCAGCAUCCAAAAUUAUGAUUUUAUCAAAUCUGUUCACGGCCUUUUUAGGCAUUGCUUCAGUCUCUGCAUCUCAAUCGUUCAGUGCCACUAAUGUCAGUAGGAUUAAUGAGCCUUCCAAGCGUGGAGAAUCAUUGCCUCGUGAUGGAGGCUUUUUCAAUACGGGAAGUGUUUCGUCGGUAUCAACUAAUCCUGGGAUAUAUGAAAACUUUGGAUGUUUCAAGGAUGGCGGUCGUGGUAAACCUCUGGGUUUUCCUCUACUUAACUUAACUGGGGCCCCAGCAGAGACAAUUCAAAGUUGUGUAAAUGCUUGCUCUACCUCGGGACAAAACGGAAUUCCAUACACCUAUGCCGGCAUAGAACCUGGAUCUUGUUGGUGCUCCGAUUAUAUUUCGAUACUCUCCGUUAAGAGCUCUUCUUUUUGUCAAUCCAGUUGCCCAUCUAAUUCCGGCAAAUAUUGUGGCGGUACUAUGGAUGGAAUACUUUACAUGCAAAUAUACAAAUUAAGAAAUAGGUCUGGCAAUGUAAAUCCUACUCUGACGACAUCCAUAAGGACGUCAACUAGUUCUUCGUUGAGGUCUUUCGUUGAAUCAUCCAGCUUAAUGCCCCAGUCGGGAUCCACAACCAGUACAUUGACAGUCCCCGAACCCUCCACAACAAGCGUGUUAUCGAUCACCUCUUUCUCGCCGAUCAUCAAACCAACAAUCACAACGAAUUCAUUCGGUAUACCUCCGGAUCCUCCAACUAUUCCUCCUAUCGUUGGGCCGACUGGUACUGAAAGUUACAUAUUACCUUCCGGUUCCUUCGCUUACCCGAGUGAAGCAUCGACCACAACCAAACCCAACCCGUGGGCGUCCUUAUCUCUCGACGAACCUGAUUACUAUACCACAAUAAAUCCUGAUGCUGUUCCAGGAGACCCUGUUUAUACACCUGCUCCUUUGCCAUCUCCUUCUAACCUAGAUGUUACUUCUAUAUCUCCUUCUACAAUAACUGGUUCUAGUAUAGACUUCUCAUCAUCCACCGAGGGUUCCUCCUCCAUAGCCACAACACCAGCUCCUCUAGUCCGAAAGUUCAAGCGUGAAUAUGAUAUCACCGUACCGGAUAGUCCUUGGCUUCCCCUCCUUCCACUCACUUCCCCCGAGAUUCUUAAAGAGGUUCCUCCUGGCCAAGUUCCAGGAUGGGAACAACAAGCCAUAGCUAAAGAGAAAAAGCUCAAGUCUCGCGAAUACGAUAUCAAUGCACCAGAUAGUCCUUGGCUUCCCCUCCUUCCUCUCACCUCUCCAGAAAUUGAGAAAGAAGUUCCUCCUGGACAAGUUCCCGGUUGGGAACAAGGAUCUAUAACUCCACCACCUUGGCGACCCCUUCUUCCUCUCCACACCCCUGAAAUCCUAAAAGAAGUUCCAUCUGACCAAGUCCCCGGCUGGCAAGGUCAAUCCUCCACACCUCUCAUCCCUGAUUCCGAUAUUCCUCCAAAACCUAAAGCGAAAGCGAAAGCCAAACCCAAGGGUAAACUCCACCGUCGGCAACUCGGACCCAUCCCGGAAAACUUCCUCGAACCACCCGGCCGUCCAGAUUUCAUCAAAGAAUUUCCCGAAAAAAACAAGAACAAACCACUUCCCCCACCCUUCAACAAAUUAAAAAAUUCUAUCGAUCCGGCUACGGGUAAAAAGAUCCCUCUCAAAAAACCAAAAUAUAGUCAUUCGAGAAUUAGUCUAAGAAAGAGGCCAAGCUUGAAGGAUAUUGGUUUAUUACAAGAUGGUCGUGUGGCUGCGACUUUAGACAAGACUAAAAAUUCCAAAGAUAACGAAAAGGACAUAAAAAGAAAAUCAGAGUGGAAGAAAAUAAAUGAGAAGGAAUAUGCAAAUAAACUUCAUCUUCAAGGAAUACCUAAAGCGUACGCGGAAAUGGAGGAGAAGAUAACGAGGAGGAGGAAAAUGGGACAGGUUAGGGAUGUUAUGGAGGAAUGGGAGAAGAGGAUGGGCUGGGGAGGGGGGAAGGGAAUGGGGUGGAUGGAAGAGGGGGGGAAGGAGGAUGGAUGAGGGGGGAGGGGGGAUGGAGGGAUGGAUGGGAUGGGAGAAGGAGAGGAAGGAGAAGAUCCUUGGAUGGAGGAAGGUGGAAUGGAGGGAAGAGAAGGAGAAAGAUGGAGAGGAAAUAAGAAGACCUUGACGACUUAG